GUUCCGGUUUGUUAAAUAUGGGUAUAAACACACCUUUUCGUUCACCAUUUCAUUUUGAGUUUUAUCUCGGAACGCUCGUUUUGAAUGAGCUUUUCGAGCAUUACCUUAACUUCAGACAACUUCGUGUUGUGAACCGGGAGUUGAGAUUGGCCAAGGAAAACAAUCGUAAACAAGCAGCUUCAAAAAAUGAGGAUGCCGUUUCCAAAAGGGCGCAAGAGCACGUCGAUGUGUAUCUUCUAUCUGAUGAUUACCACAAGACUGUGGAAUAUGCACGUGAUAAACUGAUUUUCCAGAUAGUUACUUCUAUCUUUCAAACCAUACUUGCUAUGGUACUACUAUUUUACUAUUUCGGACCUAGACUGUGGAAGUAUGCUGGAAGUUUGUUGAAGCAUCCAUCGGAGACAUAUCAGUCACUCAUUUUCUGCGGCAUUAAAGCUGUAAUAGACACUAUAAUAGAAAUUCCGUUUAGUCUCUAUUCUGACUUUGUAUUGGAGGAGAAACAUGGUUUCAACAAGAAGACCAUUCGUCUAUUUUUUAAGGAUCUGUUGAUAUCAUUUGGCCUACAGAUUGUCAUUGGUGCACCUGUUCUUUCUAUCGUUAUUUUCCUAGUAAAUUGGGGUGGAGAAUAUUUCUAUCUAUACGUUGGCGUUUUCGUUGCUGUAUUUUAUCUUUUCAUGAUGGUUAUUUACCCCGAUUUUAUCGCACCGUUGUUCAACAAAUUUGAGCCUUUGAACGAUAACGAAUUGAAGAAGGAUAUUGAGGACCUCGCCCAAAAACUCAAGUUUCCCUUGCGUGAAAUCAAGUUAAUGGACGGUUCUAAGCGCUCCAACCACUCCAACAUGUAUUUCUAUGGGUUCUGGUGGUUCAAGAAAAUUGUGAUGUACGACACCCUUCUGAAACAACCAAAACAGCAGAUCAUAGCUAUCACAGCUCAUGAAAUGGGACAUUGGAAGUGCAACCACACGUUGAAGCUGUUGUUAUUCAGCUAUACUCAAUUAUUCGCUAUGUUCUACCUCUUCGGGUUAUUCAAGAAUGAUGCCGGCAUGUUUGAGAGCUUUGGUUAUGGAAACGAACGCGCAUUUAUAAUCGGAAUGACUUUAUUCGGAUACCUUUAUACACCUCUUGGCGUGCUUUUACACAUCGCUAGCACCACCAUUACACGUUACGGAGAGUACGAGGCUGACAACUUCGCUGUUAAGAUGGGCCACGGUGAAGAAUUAGCAAAGGCGCUAGUAGAGAUUCAUCACAACAACAAGUCUAUGAUACAUCAUGAUUCUCUCUACUCUUGGUAUCACUUUACCCACCCCGUCUUAUUCGAGCGUGUGUAUGCCAUAUACAAGGCCAUAGCAGAUAAAAAGAUCUAACCUUCUUCAAUGAAUAGCAUUAAAG